AUGGAAAGGAUUCCUCCUAACUCACCGCUUUGCAAAUAAAACUAUUGGAAAAUUCUAUUUUUUGAGAAGCCUACCCUCUGUGAACAAAAAAUUUUUUGAUAUAUAAAUAAUAAUUAUGAUAAGGCUCAUUUUAAAUAGCUUGUAUUCUAAACAUAAAUUUAUAAAUUUUACUUACUCCCCCCCCCCCUCCGUGAGCGAACAAAACCAUUAGAAAAAUCGCCAUUUUUUGACCAAAAACCCACCCUCCGUGAGUGAACAAAAAUUUUUUUAAUAGAAAAAAUUUUAAUGGAAAAAAAUUUUGAUAUAUAAGUGAUAAUUAGUAUAAUGAAAUCUAGAGCUAAUUCUGUUUAAUUUUAAACAAAUUGCGUUUUAAAACAUAAAUUUUGCAAAUUAAAUUAAUAUUUGCUUCCCAAUUUUUGCAAAUUAGGAUUUUUUUUAAAUUUCGAAAAAAAUAUUUUUUUUUAUAAAAUUUAUAUAUAAAUUUUUUUUAAAAAAAAAAAAUUAACCCCCCUCCGUGAGCGAACAAAAUUUUUUUGUUCGCUCACGGAGGGGGGGGGGGGGAGUUACCAGAUUCUUUUAAAAAACAAAAAUAAAAACCCAUCCAUGAACAAGCAAAUUAUUUUAAACUCUCAAGGUAGAGGAGGGAGCAAGCUCUUGCUCAUCUUUAACUUAGAAGGAGCCUUGUGCAAGCGGAUAUAUUCAGCCCCUGCAAGCAUAACAAAUACAGAUCCAAGUCCAAAGCUGCUUUUAAGAAAUGAUUUAGAUGGGUUUUUGAGGUGAAUGUUCAUAAAAAACAAAAUCUUUUUUAAAGUUGGUGUCUGGACUGAUACCACCUCAGAAGCUACUGAAAGCCUCGUAGGGACUGUUUUUGGAAGAUUUUCUGGAGGUCUGCUGUUCAAAUAUGCAUCGCCAGCUGAGCAAGGACUAAAAGACUUGCAAAGAGUGUGGUACAACUAUCCGAUGUUCAACGAUACUACCACGGUCUAUAUAGACUAUAAAGAUUCCGUCGUCCAGAAAAAAAAUCAAUUACUUCUCAAAGAAUUUGACGACGACAAAACCUUAUAUAUGCUUCAGGACUAUUUUAGGUUCUUUUCUUAUCAAUAUCAUUUUAAGAAAAUUCACUCACUUACAGAUUUCAUGAUAAAAACUCCUUUUAUUAUGUUUAUGAACGAGUCUGACAAAAAAGCUCCAGAAAAUUAUACAGAAAAUUCUAAAUUUAGGAACUUUACUUUAUAA